AUGACCAAGUCCUAUGAAGCUGCUAUGACCACCACGAGACAUGUCACUCAGACUGCCUUCGGCGCUAUUCGAGUUUCCGACGAUCCUCGACUCCUCACCCGCAUGAAAACAUCCAUGUCCACUUACCUGGUUCUCGUUGUCCGCCGAGACAAUAUUCUCUCCGAUGCCUUGAGCCAAUUAUGGCGCCGAGAAAAGCGAGAACUGAUGCGACCGCUGAAGGUACAAAUGGGCAUGGAUGAAGGAGAAGAAGGACUUGACCAUGGUGGUGUUCAACAAGAGUUCUUCCGUUUGCUAAUGGGUCAAGCCUUUGACCCAUCGUAUGGCAUGUUCACAGUUGAUACUCGACACCGCGUGUCUUGGUUCCAACCGUGCUCGUUGGAGCCUCUCUACAAGUUCGAGCUUAUCGGUCUGUUGAUGUCUAUUGCAAUUUACAACGGCCUGACCCUCCCCGUGAAUCUUCCCACUGCCUUCUACCGCAAAAUGUUGGGCCUGAAGGUGAAGCAUCUGGACCACAUUCGAGACGGGUGGCCGGAGCUUAGUCAAGGGCUUGACACAUUAUUGGCGUGGAAAGAUGGCGAUGUCGGCGAUAUUUUCACAAGGACUUACGAGUUCAGCUUCGAAGCCUUUGGAAGUAUAGAGACAAUCGAUAUGCAGAAGGUCAGUCGUGAUGCGGCGUGGCCUCUUGCCAGCAAAACCAAAGUCACCGCUCCAGCUCCUAUGGCGGGCUCCAGCGCCUGGAUCGAUGUGCCAGCUUACUGCCACCCUGUGAUAUCGAGAUCACCAACCCCGGCGGCAGUCGAGGAGGCUGCCGAUGUCACGUCCCGUGAACCCGCCUCAGACACGACCGCCAAAUCAAUGCCUGAGUCCAUAUCACUUCAGUCCCCUCUACCCUCAGCGGAAGAGGCCGCUCUUGUGACCAAUAAGAAUCGACAUCAGUUUGUCAAGGAUUACAUCUUCUGGCUCACAGACAAAUCGAUUCGACCACAGUUCGAAGCCUUCCAGAGGGGGUUCAACACAUGCCUGGACCGAUCGGCACUGUCGAUCUUCUCCCCGGAAGCCCUGAAAACCGUGGUAGAAGGCAUUCAAUCGAUUGACGUAGAAGAGCUUGAGAACCAUACCCGGUACGAGGGUGGAUUUGGUCCUGGUCAUCGUGUCAUUCGUGACUUCUGGGAUAUUGUCCGGGAAUACCCUAAUGAAAAGAGGGCCCAGUUACUUGAAUUUGUCACUGCUAGUGACCGUGUUCCCGUCAACGGGAUAUCAAGCAUUAUGUUUGUAAUCCAAAAAAACGGCGUCGGAGAUUUGCGUCUUCCUACCAGCUUGACGUGUUUCGGACGGUUGCUUUUGCCAGAGUAUUCGUCAAAGGAGACCUUGGCGAAGAAGCUUGACAAGGCUCUCGAAAAUGCCCAAGGAUUCGGCGUUGCAUAA